AGAUAACUAUAGAGCAAGAGAUGUUCUCACUAUUGUAGAUCAUGAAAAUCUAGCACUCAAUUUCGUGUAUGAUCCAAGACCUGUUGGUUCUGUUGAAAUUGAAAUCAAACAAAUAAAGGAUUAUUAUAAACUUUAGGUCAAGAUGACUAAUUUCUUUCUCCUUUCUUGAAUGUAGCUCAUAUGCACUGUUACUCCUGCUUCAAGCAAUAUGGAAGAAACGCAUAACACAUUAAAGUUUGCAAGCAGGGCUAAGCGUGUCAAGAUUUAUUUAUCUCGUAACAAGUUGGAAGAGGGACAGGUGAAGAUACAGUCAAGGUUAGAAGAGGAGGAGGAUGCCAAGGAUGCUCUACUGAGCCAGAUACAGAAGCUAACUAAACUGAUCUUUGUUUCUUUAAAGAAUUCAAUUCCUGGGAGUCGGUUUUCUUCUGAUGAUGAUGUAAACUGCCCUCUCUAUUUAUCUUGAGUUCUGUUUCUAUUUCCCAUUAUUUUCCCACUAGAACUGUAGGUGAUCAUUUUUGAAUUUGG